AUGACCAUUAAUGGCACAACCAACAUUCCCGAAGUGAUGACAGGUUAUGAAUAUGACAUAAGUUGGGCGGGAAACCUGACAGAUUACCUUGCAGCGUUCGUUGUGUGUAAUAUUCAACCAGUCAACGUAAGAUUGGAAUUUGGGAUACAUUUAGAGUUCGGAUACAGGCAUAACCCGCUAAGGGACUCAGUGCGGAUUAAGGUCGAGAAAAAACGUGAGUAAUGAUGACUUUAAGAUCGGACAGUUCAUUGUCUGCCAAUUAUUUGACCUCAGUGUCACCUUGUAUGCUUUAGAAAUACAAAAGAAAAAUAAAUGAUCCAUUUCAUACAUCAUUAACAAAACUCCCUCGUUAUACCAGGGUUUCCCAAUAAAUUGCAUUGUUAAUCUCAGAGUCGGAAGCAUUGUGAAAUUUGAGGGCACAGGCAUUUUAAUUUUUUCAUGGUAAUUAUGAUAUCAGUAUCUGUUUGCUUUGUUUCCUUUUCUUUUUUCUUAAGCCGUUGCUGACUUCCCAAGAAUCAUGAACAUUACUAAACCACCUCUCCUAAAACUAGGAACUAAUCUAACUCUCAGUUGUGUUGCCAAUGGGUUAUCUCUACUGAAUGUCACAUGGCACAGGGGUGGAAAGGUCAUGAGUUACCACCAUGGUAACCGUACUUCAAAGGCGGUGUUUAAGUUGUACAACAUAACAAGUGAAGACUGGGGAGAAUACGUGUGCGUCGCCAGAAACUUAGACGGAGAGGAUACCAAAACCGUUUUUCUCAGAAGUAAGUUGUUUUGUUUUGUUAGUAUACAUGUAAAAUAAUGGUCUCUACCUGAAUUUUCAAAAACUAGAUUAGCAGAAUUUCCACAAUUUCUCUCAAAUUCCCUUAUCUGACUUGGCUUUUUUUACUGUUUGUUUGUUACUCCCUUUUUUAUCGUUGUUAUUGAUUUUAAACCCAUUUACCCAGUUUGACGUUUAGCAGAGGGCACCAACUUAUGUAGCAUCGACGGGAUAUUCAAUCCCACGUGUGGUCCCCAUUUUGGAGGCGUAUUCGCAACUAUUAUAAAAACCUGACGCAAAGAAGGUCACCAAGGCAAUUCAUGGGGACGAGGAUAUUAAUCAUCAGCCUGGCAAGAGAUCUGGGAGCUAAAUUAAGACUGGUCAAUUUUUGCGCUGCGAGGGCAUGAACAAAAUUUCGUAUGUCCUAGAGAUGCAACUUUCUGAAUUAUUUCAUGCUUAAAUUUAGCAAUUUCCUUCUAGCACAUAAACCUAACAACUAGGAGUUUUUUUUUUUUCAAUGCAACCGAUAACAAUUGUCAAAGUUAAAUCGUAAAACGUUUUGGCACCUUUCUGAUGGCAAUAAAUGUAUGACUUUUCAUUUUUGAUUUGUCAUGUUAUCACUCGUCUAACCGAAAGGAAGGCGAAGGAAAUAGCCCUUUGCGCAUAGAACAUCAACAAUAACAGAAAUAAGAAAAAACAAACGACACACAUACUGAAAGACAUAUCCCGCCUUUUGUCCAUGUCCAAUAAUAAGUCGUGACUACCCUUAUCUAAAAGCAAUAAAGGACAACUUUUUACUUUUCAACUGAGCUGUUUGUCUCUGUAAAAACCACUAGGAACACGAAGAAACCUUGCCUUAUAAGAGUCCAAAUCAAACAAGAAAGCAAAUAUAAACAAACGUUGAUCCAUGUAACGAAAGGGCUAUCCCGCAGCAGGAUUAAACAAUUUCAAAAUCUAAAUAAUUUAACUGAUCAUGAAUUGCAUAAAAAGGCAAAAAAUAUGGCAUUGCAUGACCUUUUAAUUUAAAGAGUGAGCUUACAGAGUACGCCUUUUCACAAUUUUUCUUUUACCUUUAAAGAAUUCCGCUAAAAAGAAAACGGGAAAAAAAGAGUUAAAGCAUUUUUUUGCCCCGAGGGUUUUCUUUGUACUUUUGUGUGGACUCUGGAAAGACUUCUAAAGUAUAUGACACUACUUCAAUCUAUACCGCUAAUUUCGUCAGCAAAUGUUCUAUCGCAAGCUUUUCCGCAUAAGAAAUUUUCUCUAUACACGUGCAACCACCUCACCAAAAUAAUAUUUUAUCAUCUGCGACUAAUUUUCUCUUUCAUGACCAGUUCUUCCUGCCAGCCCAGUGAUUCUAAAUGGAAACAAGAUAGUGCGUAAUGUCAUCUUUUCCCUGCGGUGGUCGCCGGUCUACAGCGAUGGUAACUUACUGAUGUUGUAUACGGUUUGGUUCCAAGUCUUCAAAGUAGUAAAUAAAAGUAUGACUACCAAGGAAUUCUGGUUACGAGAAAACAUUACUGGGUUUGUGUACGUCAAAGAACUAGCCGUUGAUACGUGUUAUAUGUUCGCAGUAACAGCUUGGAACAAAUGGGGCGAGAGUGAAUUGGAGAAAGACAAAACAUUGAUCAUAUUGACGAAUUUCACGGACGGAUUCACACAGCAAACGGAGAGGACAACAAAUCCACUUGGUAUGAACGACUGUUAAUUAAUUAGAAAAAAGAGUAGUCCCUCUAAAUAACUGAUAAAAUGAAUUCCUAUUCAACAUGUUUUUCCUGACGAGAGUAGAAUCGUUGAAGUCGAGGAUAAGGUGAGUAUUCAAUUCAGUGAGUUUCAUUGAGCCAAAUCAAAGGCACCACGCUCUUUGCCCCACAACGCACAGAAAAAAGAUGGCGAACUGCCGAAAUUCAAACAACUGUAACCUGGGAAAGGCGCGCAAAAGUUAUUAAGAGGGAUUAAAGUGGGGCUUAAUUCUAUUAACUAUUUGCAAUCACUUCCAAAGCGCAAAAAUAUUUCAACUUCAGCUGCCUUCAAUACGAUCUUAACAACUUAACUGAAAUUUAAUUCUAGUAGUAUAUAAAUUCAUUGGCUGAUGUCUGAUGGCUUAUUUCAUCUAUUUGUUUUCAGCUACAACAAAGCCACUGAACAGGAUGUCAAUACCACCAAUCUCUAGGGGCAAAAAGGAAGAUAAAAAUAGAAAAAAUUCCAUCUCUGUGGAGACGUUUAUUCCGCUCACCAUCCCAGUUUCUCUAGUAGUAUUAUGUGCAGUUGGGUUGGUUUGUUAUUUUAAGCGAAACAAUUGUGUCCGCAAAAAUCCAAGACGGAAAGGUGAGUAACUGACAGAGAUGAUUUCUUCCAACAGACUAUUUUUGGUCCUUUCCUAAUUUCUACAAGAGGUUUGCAGAUUUCUUUGCAACUUUACCGUGUGACGCAUGUCACCAAUUUAGUUUGUAAUGGAAACACCAAUCAACAAAAAAAUCUCCUCCUUUGGCUAAAACCACUGCUAUUUGUUGACACGUGAUAUAAAGAAGAGAAGAUAAAGAAAAAAAUUAUCAAUUUUUAAGUGGCCAUGUUAGGGCUGUCUAGUUCAUUUUCUCAUGCUAAUUACAUGACUGUCCUUAUUCGCUAUGGAACUUGACUCAAAAAUGGGAGGUCGUGGUUCGAUCCCCAGGGCCGGACCAAUACCCAGGUUCUUAAACAACUGACAAAUGUAUAGGUACAAGCCUUUCCCAGCUAUAAUUGGCUACGUACAGGUAAAAUGGCGGUCCUCAAAUAGUAUUUUCGUGCCUAUUUAGCAUUAGACUGUUUGCAGUCCGCCUUUUUCUCUUAAAAUCCGUCUAGUUCUUAACUCAGCCAGCCCGAUUGUAAACCACGACGUUAUGUUACAAUAAGGGAUCGUUUAUCGCGGCUCACGUUCUUGGGUUUCGCGUGCAGUAACUUUGCAAAAAAAAAAUAAGAGCCUGCUCGCAGUCUAAUAUAGCACUCAAAUAAAGAGCGUUUUACCAUGGUUGAUCGGCCAACUUUGUUCGACAACGUGCAAGUACAGAGGAUGUACAUGUAUAGCUGCCAUACUAAUAUGCGAUAAUUUCCAUUUUGCUAAUGCGGACUGUUCCUUAUAUAUGUGAAUACUUUGGUUAUAAAAUAAAAUAAACUUGUUGAAGCUCACCGAAUCCAAAAAAUUGUCCCCGAAUAUCAAAAUUAUUUCUUGAAUUUAAGAUCAAUCAAAAAAAUAAAUGAAUAAAUAAAAAAUUAAAAAAAUUAAAAAAAUUAAAAAAAAUUCUAGAAUCAAGUCUCACUUAAAAAGUUGCCAUUGUUUAAACAAGGCACCUGUCCAUAAGAAAAAAAAAACAAGUAAACAAAAUAAUCAUCUAAAGAGUUUCACAAUUUGACUGUCUUAAUGUCUUUUUUAUUAUGACAGGGCGACAAGAAUGGUAUGUAUUUGAAGUGGUGACUUCCUUUCUUUCUUGUGAUACAUAUUAUUAUCUUCUUUCUUGCUAUUGCUAUUCCUUAACAACUUCAAAACCGUUCAGACACGUAGUAAUCCUUUAUGACAGAAUUGCCCACACGUGGGCUACUAUAAUUUAGCACUGUUUUAAAAUCUAGCCGAUAACCAUAUAAUUUUAUUUGUUACAGUAACGAUUCAUGAUAUUUAUUCCAUUACUUAUGUUUUCCACUUGGAAAAGCCGACAAAUUCUAAUGGCAUCAUAUAUAAUUAUUUGCAGGAUGACAAGAGUAUCUUUUGCAUCUCAUUUGGAUCUCACUUCUGAGCCGGUAUAGUGAUUUCUUAUUUUCCAUCGAAAUAGAUGGAAAGAUCUCACCCCUCAACCUUAUACAUUUUAGGAUUUUCGUAAUAUGAAUAAAAAAAUUAUAUUUUAGUACAUUACUUUUGCGUCUUCUACAAGCCAACUGAAGAUUUUACACAAUAUAACCUGUAUUAACCUGUUAACUGGUUUCAAUACCGUGCACACCGUGCAAGAACUGGGGAUUUUAACACGAUUCAACUAGCAUUCACAAUACUAUUCACAUUUUCUUUCUACACAGAGCCUUUCCCCAACAGCAGAGUUAAAAAUUAAGAGAGAGAAAUAAGUUACUUAACGUCUCUGCUGAUAGUACGGUAGAUUUACGAAAAGGGGGCCUGCUCAACUGCUUUUUACACUGAGAAAUUUUACAUCUACACUUUACACACCGGAAACACUGUAUAUGGCGUUUCGCUCUCAGAUUGUUGCUAGGUUUGAAAAAAACAAAAUGGCACACCAUACAACACCAUAUCACACCACAACCCUGAAAUUGCGUAAUUAGAUAUAUGGGUUUCUUGUAGGCUCAAGACGCAGAGGAUAGAGAUCACUCAGUAAUACUAUCAGGGUCAUCACGUUUUAUCCAAGAAUCAACAUCAGCAUCAGCAACAAACAUGGAAGAGCCCUGCUUUCAACCCACCUCUGGAGAAUCAAUUUCGCUUACGCCUUUCAUUUCUGGGCUGAGCUCUGGAACACAUGCCCAGACGAGCCGAGAGCAGCCAGCUUCACUGAAUAUACUUUCUUCUGGCACAGGUGGUGAAAUCAGUAAUCGAGAUGUUGUUUCUGUAAUGAGCAGUGAUACCCUUGAAGAACAUAACAUCAACAUGGAGACUAACUGCAUCGGCGCAGCAAUCGAGAAAAGCCAGGGAAAAUUCAGUUUUAGUCAACAAGUUUGGAAUCCAAAGUUUCAACAAGUAUUGGAUUCCCAAGGUUACCUUCAGCCAGUGGAUGGUGAUAGUGUCACCAAUUCCAGGACGAAGUUAACAAAAAUGGCAAGAAAAGAAACCAAAACAUCACAGUGCAAAGGCACAGUGGAUAUUUCUUUUUCUUCCAUAGGAAGUGAGGUCACUAAUCCAGAUGUCACUUCUGUAAUGAACAGUGAUAGCCUUGAAGAACGUAACAACAACAUGGUCACUAACCGCACUGGCGCCGCAAUCGAAAAAAGCCAGAGAAAAUUAUAUUUUAGUCAGCAAGUUGAAAAUCCAACGUUUCAACAAAUGUUAGAUUCUCAAGGUUACCUUCAGCCAGUAGACGGCGAUAGUGUGACCAAUUCCAGGACGAAGUUAACAAAAAUGGCAAGAAAAGAAACCAAAACAUCACAAUGCAAAGAGACCUCGAUUGAUGACCCUCCCUUACCAUUUGCAAGUGGGAUAGAAAUAGGCUGUCGGCAAAGCGUAAUUCCUCGAACUCCUAACCAAUCAUUUCCAAUCGAUCCUAAGAAAAAAGCUGCCCCUAGAGCGAGAGACUAUCAGAAUGAACGACUUCCAGACACUACAUAUAAGAAUGCAGUAAUCCAAGGCUCCACGUAUCAUCCCACUCCCAUUGGCGAGUCUCAAUAUGCACACAUUUACUGCAACGCUAACUGGGAAAUCCCACAUGACCAUCUUAUGUUGAAAAAGAAAAUUGGUGGUGGGUCGUUUGGUCAGGUGUGGAAAGGAAAGGUAUUUGACAUCACUGGUGCCGGAGAGCGGUCAGUUGUGGCUGUCAAGAUGCUGAAAGGUAAGAUUAUUACAAGUAUAAUUAAGUGUUUAAGGGCCUGGAAGACCUAAAAAGACUUGUUCCGAGCCAGCCCACGGGCAAAAGUUUAUAUCAAGCAAAUGUAAGAAACCUUUUCUACUGAAAUGCUGAUCUAUGGAAAUCAAAGUCCAAAAACAUUCAAGAUAACGUCAUUAUGUCACAUGUAGUGCUUUAUAAGGAACCGAACAGUCUCUGGAAAUGGUCUAUCCCUUUAGGGUUAACAUCUUUAUCAUGAGGAGAUAUACACCUAAAAACCCAGAAGUUGUCAGCAGAAAAUUCUUAUUUUUUGGUCGUCUUUGACAUACUGUGUGAUCUUGGCAGGCGCAUAUGUAUUGAGCAUGCGUACUUAGGGAGUAAUGCGUAAAGGCUUGUUUUGUUUACUUUCAUAGGCAAUAUACAAACAAAGAUAGCUGAAAAUCUACUCAUUAAAAUUGGACGAAAUUCAGUUGAAAUGAUGAAAAUAUCGCAUUUCAGUCAUGAAAGCCUCAAAAAAAACGUUGAACUACGACGUUUGGUGACAAUUGUUUCAAUUUGGUUAAGUUGUUUUCACAUAAUGGGAUUUACUGACUGUAAGCUCUGUACAAAUUAAUAGGGAAAUAUAAUGAAUGCGGGAUAAAUAUGUUUCGUGUGUGGCAGAUUUGAGAUUUACGCCUACAACGAGUAUUAAUACGAUUCACAACAUACUAAACUCUGUUUAGCCACCUUAAGGGGACACUUACUCUCAAAAAACAAAUGCCUGCAAUAAACAUGUUAAUAGAAGACAUUUAUGGUACACUUGACGUUGUGUUUGUUAUUCAAUGAGCUUGGUCAGUGGAUGGGGUCGACAAGGAGCAAUGUGACUGGAAAGGCUAGAUUAACGUGACUAUGACGUCAAAGUGGCACCCAACUCAGGAUAUCAAGCAAGGGAUGUAACACGAGUAUGGUAACGAGGUCAAAGAAGUCACGCAUACGAUAAAAACUUCGGAAUACGUAUUUAAAUAAAAUAAAAUCUGAUUUACAAGCGGGAACGUGGGAGGGUCCUAGUGACCACUCGUCUCAGACUGUUUUUACAAAUUCAACAAACUCUCUAUAUGUCUCACUCAUCUACGUUUGUAUCCUUAGAGGUAUGUGAUAAAGGUCAGUUGAUCCAGUACCCGUUUUUAUGUACAGACAAACAGCUACUUUUUGUACUCUGGAAAGGUGAAGAGAUGAUAACGUUUUGCAUCUCAGUUUUUUUGACAGCUCUAGAUGACUUGAAUUUGGUGCGUGUUCUUCAGCGGUUUCUUCACCUCGUAUUGGACGUUUUUCUUCAUCACUUGGUCAUUCAAUAAGGCCUCUCCAUCACUUUUGAGGCUGAAACAUCGGACUUUGCAACCAAUUUUGUCGCGCAAGGACUUGUACCUUUAGUACCGAUCCGAAAGCGAGUUCGACGAUGUAGUCUCCAGCUUCAGGCUUUUUAUCUUUAAAAAUCUUUUUAUCUUUGAAAUCGCCGAAGACCUUGUCCGGUUCGCCAGGACGAUUGAUAAAAAUAACGGAUUCUUUGUCAUUAUAAUACAGAAAGCGUCCUCCCAAGUUCGAAGGCUUCGUAUGAGUGCAAUCAGUCGCGACAGCUAGUGAAGCAAGUGACGAAUAUGUUCGGCAAUACGCUAUCGUUCCCCUUGCGCUGUUAGUAAUACACUUCUACCCUCUCUUCAGUGAGUGGACUUACGUAUCUGACGUCAUGCUCGUCUGAGUCCAGGAACAUGUGGAAAGCCAUGUGGUCGACGAUUUCUUUGACUUGGGUCUUGUUUAAUCGUUGGCCAAACUUGUUCUGCAUGGACCUGAACAGAAUCUUGGCUGUUUUUCUAAGACACAGAUUGUACUUCAUAUUUUGAGGGUCAAAACGAAUGCCUUUCUUUGCGUGAUAUCAUUAAAUGUACUCGGCCUUUUCCCCUUCGAUUCCCCUCCAUCUGGCCUCUACCUUUAUUUUGACCUGUCGAUGUAAUCUUCCGAGAGACCCGAAUGAGGAAAGUGCCAGAGUUCAUUGACGUGAAACAUCUUGUAGCAUUUGUAUACAGCCUUCUAGAUUUCCGGGGUACAUUUGCCUUGCACUCGUUUGUUUACCCAAGUGUUGCUGGGAGGUGAUGUUCGGAGGUUACCGGGUGUAAAUCAGGUUCUAUUUUUCAUUUAAAUGAAGUUUCUGAAGUUUCCACAGUAUAUACUACGUGAUCCUGAUUUAGUGCCACUGUGACGUCAUGGUCACGUUACUCCCGCCUCACCAGUCACAUUGCCCCUGUCGAUCACGGCCAUUGACCACGCCCGUAGAAGACACUGCACGUUACUACUGCUGUUUGUACACCUGCGGUUUAGUUUUGUUCAAUUAAGUUAUGAUAUAUAGCGUAUGAGUGAUUCCUACAAACUUAAAGGUGUAUUUGAAACAAUAAAAACAUGAAACAUUCAAUGUUUGUGUUUUGUUACGAAGUACUCAUGUAUGUACUGAAUUUAUUAUUGGCCACAGAAGAUCAGAAGUAAAUUGCUUCAGUUAAAAUAGUUUGACCCACUUUUUAAACGUUUUGUAAGAAGUUAAAAAGGAGGUGGAUUUUGUAUUAAUGGUCAGGUUUACCCCUUGUAGAAAAUUUUUCCAAGUCAGACCUCAAGGACCUUCUCUCAGAGCUUGAUUUGCUGAAGAAGCUUAAACCUCAUCCUAACGUCAUACGGUUGAUGGGCUGUAUGACCAAAGAUGUGGCACUAUGCAAAGGAAACAGGAAGUUCAGUAAGUGUAGCACUUCAAAAAAAUGUGUCAGUCACGUCUAAUUCCUUACUUUUAAUUGACUUAUUUUGAGCUUACUUGAUCUGAGACUUUAACCCAAUUUAGACCCGAAUGUUGGUUUAAUCAGUUAUAAGAGCUGUAGAUUUGAGUUUUCAGAAAAAAGUUAGGCCUUUAGCUGAGACUGUUGAAACACUGUUGGUGUUUUAAAGGGCCACCUCUUGUUAUCCUGGAGUUUGUUGCACAUGGCGAUCUUCUUGGGUAUCUUGUGAAAAGCAAGGGACAAUAUGAUGAUUACUAUAAUUUAAAGAGAAAGGAAGACGCUCAUAAGAUAACAAAACAAUUGCUUCAUCAAUUCGCCGCCGAUAUUGCUCGAGGAAUGGAAUAUAUCGCCGCUAACCAGGUGUGUUGUAUAUAAAAAACGUAUUUUCAAAACCGUCAAAAAGUCAUUUCCAUUUUCUUAAAUUCACACCUAGAGCAAUGAGCCAAAAUUCAUGUUAACUGAUUACACCCUACCUUGUACAUAUCUAUGUAUGUAUGACUGUCUCUUCUUUUUUAAUACUAACAGCUUAUCCACCGAGAUUUAGCUGCCCGCAACGUGCUAAUCGGUGAUGGCUUGCGAUGUAAGAUUACCGACUUUGGAAUGGCCAGGGACCUGGGAACAGGUGAAAUUUACAUCAAGAGAUCAAAUGUGAGUCUGCCCAUACGAGCUCCGCGAGACUAAUGGUUUGCAGGCUUAUUGACAGCAUUCACAUAUAUUCAAACAAAAGUUCAACCUUGCUAUAGUGGAACUCUGCCUAAAGACCGCUCCAUUACUGCGUUUUCAAUGAUGUGGCACCUCAAAAUUAAAAUUUCAACUAGCGGUUUCCUUUGCUUCCGUCAAUCUUCUAACGGACUUCCCAGAAAAGAUUGGUUUCCUUCAACGUCUUCUGACGGUCAUUUCUGUGUGCUGUACCAUCCAAAAGGCUAAGCUGCUCCCCCCCCCCCCCCCCCCCCCUGUCCAACUUUUCAACGCCUCUCCGAAAAAAAAUUGUUUUCUUCCAACUUUUUUGCCCGGUUUUUUUUGUGGUCUGUACCCCCAAAAAGGCAACCUCCCCCCCCCCCCCCCCCCCCGUAUUUGCGUAACGACAAUCAAGGAUAAUUUUGCUAUUAUUUCGUCUUUAACUUUUAUGACUAAAUUUGAUCAGAAUUGGCGUGCUAAUUAAAGCCAAUCAGAAACGGAGAAACAUUUUCGUAUAAUAACAAUGAAAUUGAUUUACAGUUUAGAACCCAGUGAUUUGACAUAUUGUUGCUAGUUUCCUGUUAAGGUCGCAUUAAAUUCUAUAAAUGACAUACCAACAUAAAUCUACCAAGAAAAUGUUUGCUGAUGAUACAAAGUUCAUACCGUGGACAUAAACUGGAAGAAAUUAUAGAUUGAGUCGAUACGUUUGACAAAUCAUUUGCGAUCACACCCUUCAUUCUUAAGCCAGUCAUGACCACCUCAACACCAGAGAAAUGAUUUAACACCAUGACGAGAGUAAAAACAUACCGGCUAUCUACACAUCGAUAAUGCAUCGUUAGCCUAAAUUCACACAUACAGACCAAUUGACCUUGGGAAUGGUCAUAGAUUUCUAAAUGACUGUAGGCCAAAAACACUCAUAUAUUCUUGCCAUGCUGAUUAUGACAGUACUCAUUAUCUUAAACAAAAAACUUCAAGCUCUCUACCAGAAUACUCUUCUCGCCGCAAUAGUAUCUCAGUUUUAAGGAUAGGUCAAGGAAACAGGCUGUGUUUAAAGGUAUUAACAAAGUAGCCUGUUUUUAUGUAAGACGUUUACAUGCAGGGCUUAAACAAAAAAAUUGGCUCACUACACCUCUAUCUCCCGUGGUCUUAUUCAUGCCUGUUAGGGAUAAGUACAUUAAAUAAAAUCGGACGACAUGUUCAACUGACUUUACAUUGAAAUCUUAUUUUUGUCUGCUUGUAUUUUAAGACUUUCCUUAAUCGAUAAAUCCGUCCAAUACUCCAUGUAAAUAAACUAUACCAGAGAUUGUAAAUUUUUUAAACAAUAUAUGGCAAAUCUGUAAAGAGGGCAAAGAUAUAAAAUGUUUUCAUUUUGUAUAAGUCGUGAGGCCCAUCAGUCCUUGCAUCAAAAGGUCAGCAGAUUGUGCUCUCACUAGCCUAUAAAAAUUAUAUGCCACAAGAGAAAAUAAAGCUCUCUUGCAUGCCAUUUAUGGCACGUAUCUUUCCUUGAUGGCAUGCGAAUAGAUUUAACUGUGCAAAUGAUCACAUUCGCUAUUUUAUACGUUCAGAUUUAUUUUUUUGGUUAGGUCUGGCUCAGACGGAGUACUUCACAUGCGACGAAUUCGAGGGUUUCGAUAGGGGCAACCGUCAGUCGUCAAACGGCCUAAAAUUUAACCGUCAACCGUCAAAAAAGGUACAUUUUUACCGUCAGCCGUCAAAAAAUGCAAAUUGAUAUUAACCGUUAAAAAGGUUCAAGGCAUUUCAAGUCUUGCUCCGGUUUUAGUAUUUCAGCUGAUCUUCAUGGACAACUGUCAAAAGCUCCAAAAUCUAUUCGUCAACCAUCAAAGCUUCCACCCCAUUGAGAUCCUCGAAUUUGAAUUGACUGAAUUAAUUUCAUGUCAAGUACGGCGCCUGAAUCAACUCGGAUCGGCUCAGCCGUUCCCUUAGCCGUUCCUCACGCCUGGUUCACUGCCGCGAAUGUUUGUGGACCGGCGUUGAUUCAAGCGCUUCGAACUUCACAUUGGGCGAACCAAAUGCAUAAAUUUUUUACAAUGCAGUUUACCUUUUGAAUUAAUUUCUGGGGGUAUUCUAGGUUUUGUGUAGUAUGAACUUCCGACCAAAAACCAGGAAGAACAUUUAGAUAAAGAACGUAUACAGAACAUAGGGGAGAAGUUAUAUUCUAAAUGCAAGUCACGAGAUUGCAAAUAAUAAAAUUUAAAGUGUGGUAAAGGCCCGGGCUGCGGGGAAAAAACCACAGGCCAAUAACAUCGCAGAAAGGAAUGAAGACCGGCGUUUGAGUCAGUUCGUCAGGUCGAAAACUAAUUUUAGUCGGCCUAAAAGUUUGAAUUCGAUUCGGCUCUUGUGUACGGCGUCAUCUGAACCGGGCCUUUUGCUUACAGGGUCUUUUGCCUGUGAAAUGGAUGGCUGUGGAGUCGUUACUAAAUCAAGUUUAUACCACAGAAAGUGACGU